CACGAGGAAAUGUUAGGAGUGUUUUUGCAUAACCUUUCCUAUUUGACAUUGGUUUGUUAUCCUCGCUGGACACCAUGAAUAAAUAUAUACUACCUGUAUCGGUGCUGGGGACUGUAGUUGGUUGUGGUGUUUUGUUAAAGGAUCACAUGACUGGUGGCGUCUGUCCUAGCAAAGAUAAAAUCCAAGGGAAGACUGUUGUCAUCACAGGGGCAAACACGGGGCUAGGCAAAGAGACUGCCCGAGAACUGGCGAAGAGAGGGGGCAGGAUUAUCAUGGGUUGCCGAAACAUGGAGAAGUGCGAGACUGCCGCCAGAGAGAUCCGCGGAGAGACUUUGAAUAAGCAUGUGUAUGCGCGCCACAUUGAUUUGGCCUCCAUCAAGUCCAUCCGUGAGUUUGCCAACAGAGUCAACCAGGAGGAGGAACGUGUGGAUAUACUGAUAAACAAUGCAGGAGUGAUGAGAUGUCCAGCCUGGAAGACAGAAGAUGGCUUUGAUAUGCAGUUUGGUGUGAACCAUUUGGGCCACUUCUUGCUGACAAACCGUCUGCUGGAGAAGCUGAAGAGCUCUGCCCCCAGUCGGGUCAUAAACCUGUCCUCGCUGGCUCACAUUGUGGGGGAGAUGGACUUUAAUGACCUUAACUGGGAGAGAAAGAAGUACGACACGAAGAAGGCUUACUGCCAAAGCAAGCUUGCCAAUGUGCUGUUCACUAGGGAACUGGCUAAGCGACUACAAGGCACCGGGGUGACGGUGAAUGCAUUGCACCCUGGGGUGGCGGCCACAGAGCUAGGGAGACACACCGGCAUGCAUCGGUCACAGUUCUCCAGCACAGUCCUUGGUCCCUUCUUCUACCUGCUGGUGAAGACGCCGCAGCAGGGGGCACAGCCCACUGUCUUCUUGGCAGUGGCUAAGGAGCUGGAGGAGGUCACUGGCAGGUAUUUUGACGUCCUUCAGGAGAAGGAGCCAGCGCCGCAGGCCCUGGACGACGAGGCUGCCCAGAGGCUCUGGGAGGCAAGCGCCAGCCUCGUGGGCUUGGAACAGAUGGAGCCCGCGCCACCUACCAACGGGACCACGGACCCACUCCCUCCCCAUCAGCACCAGGGCCCCAUGCCCAUCAUUGCUGUCCCACAGCAGGCAUGACUCCACAGAACCGGGUCAAGGGACAGAAAUGUCGCCGCCUGUCCAAAAUGUCCUUGAACACAAAGCGCAGUGUGACAGUGAUUUCUGGUCACUUUGAAAAGGCAAACUCUCUAUUAUUGUGAAGGAGGACACCGUUUUAUACCAAGCUGGAUACAAAUUUUAAAAAGGGAAGAGACGUAACAGUGUAUCAACCACAAGGAUAAAGUAUGAUUUCAUG